GAUCUACGUCUACCGAUGAUUCACUGAUUAAGAAAAGAAUCUCUAUGAGGAAGCGUUUCUUAAAGUUCAAAGAACGGGCCAUCACUCUUAAGUUUAAAGCAUUUCAGUAUUCCUGGAAGGAAUCUCUCCGCUUGCUCUCCGUAAGAUCCGGUGCAAAGUCGCAGAAGAAGUUUGAAUCGAUCUCUCGCUUGGGAUAUAUCGAUUCUCAAAAGCACCGUAUAUCUAACCAUUCUCGUUCAUCUACUCCUGGUGGAUGUUUGCGUCUGGUUCCAACGAAAGAGGUAGUUGAGUAUGUGAACAAGAUGCUUUUAGAUUCACGUGUCAAGACCUACAGGAACAUACAGAAGAUGCCGACGUUUAUAUUAGACAAGAGGGAACGAAUGGGCUCUAGGUUUAUUUCGGAUAAUGGAUUAGUGGAGGACCCUAUUGAUGUUGAAAAGCAAAGGGCCGUUGUUAAUCUAUGGACCGAAGAAGAUAGACAAAUGUUAUUAGAUAAUUAUGCUUUGUUUGGCAAAAACUUCAAAAAGAUUGCAUCUUUUUUUCAACACAAAACAGUUGCUGAAUGUGUUGAGUUCUAUUACAAGAAUCACAAGUCUGAGAGUUUCCAAAAAAACAAAGAAGAAUUCAAAAUUUUGCGAAAGGGAAGUCGUGUGAUGUUAAUACUAACAGUACGUAUUUGGUGACUCAUGGGAAAAGACCAAAUCGGGAAACGGGGGCCACUUCUCUCGACAUGCUCGGUGCUGCUUCAGCAAUGGUUGCUAAUGUGAAUGAACGGUCGAAUGAUUUUACUAUCUAUUGUAACGAGCAGGAAACCGUUGCAGCCGAUGUGUUGGCUGGGAUUUGCGGGUCGAUAUCAUCAGAAGAUUUGGGUUAUUGCAUUACCAGUUC